AAGAAUAAAUCUCCAACUAAAAUUCUUUGGCCCAACAAGUUCUUCUCUUUGCUCCAGCUUCAUUCCAUCCCCUUCCUUUCCAGUCUCCCUUCUCCGCCGGCCAAAGCUUUUCAUUCUUUCAUCUCCGAUUUCCAUUUAAACUUAAACUUCUUCCUCGUAAAACCUUACAUCCGAUCCCUUUUUGGAAGCCGUAGCAGAUUUGAGUCGUAUUGGAGUGAAGGAAGAGAGGAAGCAGAGUAGCAGUUAAGAUGCCACUCUAUGACUGCAUGCUUUUGUUGAAACCCCAAAUAGCUAAGGAGGCGGUGCUGGACUUGGUUGUCAAGGUGAGCAAGCACGUCUAUGGCAGAAAUGGAGUCCUCACAGAUAUAAAAUCUUUUGGAACAGUGCAGCUUGGCUAUGGCAUUAAGAAACUUGAUGGGAAGUAUUUUCAGGGGCAGAUGAUGCAAAUGACGAUGAUGACCCCACCAAACUUCAACAAGGAGCUACACUACCUGAACAAGGAAGACCGUUUGCUUCGCUGGAUGUUGGUUAAGAACCGUGGGGACUUUAGCUCCCUCCGGUUUGACUCGUAUGACCAAAAGAAAUCACUCCCAUCAGGCAUUGUGUUGAGUGACUUGAAGGGCGAUGAAAAUGAAGAUAGCAGCGACGAAGAAGAGGAUGAUGAGGGCACAAAUGACUACAAAAACGAUUCCCCCCUGUUUAGAUUUGGAUUAAACUAAUCGCUCUAUGGGCGCGAUAAUUGCGUAUUUAAAUUUUCAAAAGGAUGCUCCAAGUCCAUUGCUUGAACUUAGGAAACUCUCUGGAUUUUGAUUUGUGGUCUGGUAUUGGUUUGUUGAUGCAAAUCACUGUUUUGGCAGUGCUUGCCAAUGUAGCUUCUAUGGAUCCUUUGUAACAUAAAGAUUCCCCUUGUGGUUUGGAAUUUGAUGUGUAGUUCUGUGAAGUUACUUAAACACCCUUAUUAAAUUACCCUUUUAUAG